AUGAACCCUCCCUCCUCGUCCCGCACAAGAGCACCGUCCGCACCGUCAACAGCGAGCUUGAACAAAUCGGCCAGUGUUCGAAGCAAUGGCUUGAGACCCGCGGCGCCUCCAAUAUCCACUGUCAUCACUUCUCCUCCAUGGGCCAGGGACGAGCCUCCGUCGCCGAAGGAGCGCACAUCCUUGAGCGAUAGCCAGCAAGCUACAGAAUCGCGGCCAUCCGAUGUGGCAUCCCUGCAGUCAUCAUCAUACCCAGGCUCGUACAAUACUGCUUCGCGGUGGUGGGCAUUUACGCUGCCCCGUCCGAGGGAGAUGACCCAGAACGAUCUACUCAACCCCGCUGCGAGACUGGAGAGGAAAAGUAUCAUGGACAGAUCGAUAUCGUGGCUCCCUACGUCAGCCGCUAUACGAGAGGCCGCUUCGUCAUCACUGCGGAAGGAUAGGGAUAAAGAAAGGAACAAGGAAAGAGAUGCCGAACCGGAAUCAGCGCAUGAUCCAUACACUCCGGUGCAGAAGUGGAACCCAACCAUCACCUUACCUCCAACCCCAACGGCUCCGUUCACCGCACACCACAGCAAAACGCCUGGAUGGGACUCUCCAUGGAACGAAAGAUCACCAGCCGGACCUUCCGGUAUUGACCACACGUACGGCUUGGGCGCGAGCAAGGAGGCGGACGACAAAAAUAAAUACCUCACUCCGUGGCAAAGGAGAAAGAAACAGAUCCGUCGGUUUAUCCUGAAUAACGUCUAUGUCCCCUUGUUGUUUCGUUUCAUCAAUAUCUCACUGACCGCAGCGGCACUUGGCGUGGCGUUGCACAUACGUCGCGUGGAACAGCGCUGGCAUGUCAUGGGUGCUGUGGGUAGUUCCCCGACACUGGUGAUUAUAUUCGCGCCCUUGACACUUGUACAUGUCAUGAUUGCUAUAUAUCUGGAAUAUUUCGGGCGACCUCUGGGACUGUGGCGUACUUCUGGCAAAUUGGCCCACACGUUGUUUGAGGUUACUUUCAUAUGUGCUUGGUCGGCAGCACUUUCGCUGGCAUUCGACAAUUUCUUCACGUCACUAAUUCCGUGUGCAUCUUCCUCCGAGAUCUCCUGGUACAGUCAACUACCACGACCAGCCCCGCCCGACCCCCUGGACGACGUCGUUGCCAAUGGUGUGGCGAAACAGAUAUGCCGCGACCAAUUAUCCCUGAUAUGUCUUGUCGGCGUCGGACUGAUCAUGUAUUGCACCAAUCUCAUCAUCAGCUUGUUCCGGAUAUUUGAGAAAGUCAAGUAUCAUCCCUCCCCGCCCUCUCACACUGUAUAG